CGCCCGCCCGCCCGCCGCAGAAGAAGCAGCAGCAGCGCUAGCACUCAGCGCGCGUGCGCGAGAACCGCCGCCUCGCGCAGCCUUUGCGGGGCCGAAGCUGGGGCCCUCCUCCUCCUCCUUGAUUAGUCGAUAUUUCUCCUCCUCAGGCGCGGAGGCAGCGGCAGCAACGAGAGCACGAUGGCGGCGGCGGCGGCGUUGGCGCUGAGGCGAGCACCUUCCGCCGCGUCUCCCUCCUUCCCCUGCUUCACGGCGUUGACGGCGGCCCCUUGGCUCGGUGCGGCGCUGCUGCGGCUCCUCGUCGCCUUGCUGCUCAACGCCGCCCGGGCCGAGAAAGAAGCUUUCAUCCAGUCAGAUAACUUAAUAGAAGUUCUGCGUUUUGAUGAUGGAGGUUUAUUACAGACUGAGACAACUGUUGGCCUCAGUUCAUAUCAACAAAAAAGUGUAUCUAUGUAUCGAGGGAAUUGCAGGCCUAUUCGGUUUGAACCACCCAUGCUGGAUUUCCAUGAACAGCCAGUUGGGAUGCCAAAAAUGGAAAAGGUUUACUUGCAUAAUCCCAGUUCAGAAGAAACUAUUAUAUUAGUAUCAAUAUCUGCCACAACUUCCCAUUUUCAUGCAUCUUUUUUUCAAAACAGGAAAAUCCUCCCAGGAGGGAAUACAUCAUUUGAUGUAGUUUUUCUUGCAAGAAUGGUUGGAAAUGUAGAAAACACUUUAUUUAUUAAUACAUCUAAUCAUGGAGUAUUUACUUAUCAGGUGUUUGGUGUAGGAGUACCAAACCCCUACAGAUUACGUCCUUUUAUAGGGGCAAAAGUUCCUGUAAAUAGCAGUUUUUCUCCUAUAAUAAAUAUACACAACCCCCAUAGCGAGCCUUUGCAGGUGGUAGAAAUGUAUUCAAGUGGAGGAGAUCUCCACCUAGAACUUCCCACUGGCCAACAAGGGGGUACAAGAAAAUUAUGGGAAAUCCCCCCCUAUGAAACUAAAGGAGUUAUGAGAGCCAGUUUUUCUUCAAGGGAAGCAGAUAAUUACACAGCCUUCAUUCGAAUAAAAACAAAUGCCUCAGAUAGCACAGAGUUCAUUAUUCUUCCAGUAGAGGUAGAAGUCACAACAGCCCCAGGAAUUUAUUCUUCAACAGAAAUGCUGGAUUUUGGUACAUUACGAACACAAGAUCUGCCCAAAAUUUUGAAUCUGCAUUUGUUAAAUUCAGGAACAAAGGAUGUGCCAAUAACAAGCAUUAGACCCACACCACAGAAUGAAGCUGUCACAGUACAUUUCAAGCCAGUUACGUUGCGAGCUUCUGAAAGUAAAUAUACCAAAGUUGCAAGCAUUAGUUUUGAUGCAUCAAAAGCAAAACGGCCUCCACAGUUUUCAGGAAAAAUAACUGUGAAAGCAAAAGAGAAGAGCUAUUCAAAACUUGAAAUUCCGUAUCAAGCAGAAGUAUUAGAUGGAUACUUAGGAUUUGAUCAUGCAGCCACAUUAUUUCAUAUCGGUGACAGUCCGGAAGACUCUGUGGAAAGACCAAUCUAUUUAACAAAUACAUUCAAUUUUGCAGUCUUCAUUCAUGAUAUAAUACUGCCAGAAGAAAUUAGAACAACAUUUAAAAUCCAGAACUUCAGCAAACCAGUCUUAAUUCCACCAAAUGAAUCCAGAUAUAUUUUUACACUUUAUUUUGUGGCUUCCUUCUCAUCUCUGCACAUUGAUAAUAAUAUUUUACUUAUUACCAAUGCUUCUAAAUUUCAUCUACCUGUGAGAGCAUACACUGGAUUUUUAGAUUAUUUUGUACUGCCUCCAAAAUUUGAUGAACAGAUAAUAGAUUUUGGUAUACUGAGUGCUACGGAAACUAGUAACGUUUUGUUGGCAAUCUUUAAUAGCAACCCAAUUCAGCUGGUUAUUAAAAGCUGGCAUGUGAUAGGUGAUGGCUUGACCACAGAACUCCUAGCUGCUGGAAAAGGCAACAGAACUGCAAUAAUAGCAAGUCUUCCAGACUUGGAAAAAGCCAAUGCAUUGGAUCAGACUUCAGUAACAUUAAUGCCUGGUUCUUACAUUGUAUUCAGAGUAAAGUUAAUACCAAAAGAACUUGAAGGAAUUCAUGAUGGGGCCAUACAAAUCACAACAGAUUAUGAGAUCUUAACAAUUCCUGUGAAAGCUGUAAUUGCUGUAGGCUCCUUGACUUGCUCCCCAAAACACAUUCUUCUUCCACCCUCUUUUCCAGAAGGUCGGGCCUUGGAGAGCGGGGACAGUGAAGAGUGCCACCCUUCAACCUCUUGCAAAAGGUAA